GAGAUGCCAACAGCUAACAAGCACAGUUAUGAGCUUCUCCUACUCCACCGACUUCUUCUUUACUUUGUCGUCUCAUGCUCAUUAUCGUUUAUCUUGGGCAGUGCAAGAUUGUGAACGGGUUAUGGUGCGCAACACCCCACAGAAGAACUGGUGGAAACCAAGUUUAACAAAUGCAGAAGAUGAUGAUCCUCCUCCAAGGCCCUUGAAGGUUACUUUUGCUGAACCUGCAACUCACUGGACCGAUGCCAUCCCCAUCGGCAAUGGCCGUCUUGGUGCCAUGGUUUGGGGUGCCGUACCCUCAGAAGCUCUCCAGCUCAAUGAGGACACACUUUGGACUGGGAUUCCUGGAGACUACAGCAACAAAAGUGCUCCACAAGCACUGGCUGAAGUCAGAAAGCUGGUUGAUGAUGGAAAAUUCUCUGAAGCUACGGCAGCAGCUGCCAAGUUGUCAGUAGAUCCUUCUGAUGUAUACCAACUUCUCGGUGAUAUCAAGUUAGAGUUUCCUGAUUCCCCCAUCUUAAUUAUUCAAAAGAGUCAUAUUAUAGGGAGCUGGAUUUGGAUACUGCAACAGCAAAAAUAAAAUACUCUGGGCGAUGUAGAAUUUACCAGAGAACAUUUUGCUUCUAAUCCGGACCAAGUGAUAGUGACAAGGUUAUCUGCAACCAAGCCUGGGUCAUUAUCAUUUACAGUGCAUUUUGAUGGCAAAAUGCAUCAUGAUUCAAGGGCAGCAGAUUUUAAGGACCCAGUUGUACAUCAUCGACAUGUUUCACAUCUGUUUGGAUUGUUUCCAGGACACACAAUUAGUGUCGAGAAAACUCCAGACCUCUAAAGCUGUGGAAGUUAGUCUAAUUAAAAGAGGAGAUGAUGGUCCAGGUGGUCAACAACUUGAAAAGCUUCACUGUGGGCACAAGUUCACAAUAGUGAGCACGCAUCGCAUGAUAAAACACUUGAUUGUCUUGAUGGAGCCUGAUCGUGGAUUUGGUUUCGAAGGAGGACUUUACAACAACCUGUUCACAGCACAUUCCCCUUUCCAGUUUUGCUUUUGCAGAAACAAGUUAAGCUAUCAUGAAAAUCUUGGUAGAAUUUCAAUUUCUAUAUACGUCAUGUUAAGGCUUCAACUUUUGUUUCCUUGAAUUUCAUUGUUAUCUGAUAUCAUUGUACUCGUGCAAGAUUUUCUUUUUUCUUUUUCUGAUUUUAAACAUUUGUACAUAUUAUCUGAUAUCAUUGUUAUCCACUUGAAUUUGGGCUUUGGAAAGAAAAACAGAAUUCCCAUAUGAGACUACAUUAUAGAGGAAAUGUGGUCUUAA